UAAACAAUCAUUUCAUCUUUUGUCUUGUCUUUCAACAAGAAGACGUACUGACUUGUAUUGCGUAAUUUAACCACUUCAGUUAUUUAGUAGUUCAGCAAACCGUAAUACUUCCGUUGGUUGCGGGUUCGAAUAAAUAUAUGACAUAUAUAACCAUGGUACUCAGUGGUAUAGUACGUGUAGCUACGAGAAUGAGUCGGAGCGGUCUUAGGGUACAGUGCUGCCGGCAAGCGAUGUACAGCACAGCUUCAGAUGCCAAAGAUCGGUUCUACACGAAGAAACACGAGUGGGUUUCUGUGAGCGACAACAUUGGUACAGUCGGCAUAUCAAGUUACGCACAGGAUGCCUUGGGCGAAGUGGUCUACGCGCAACUACCUGAUGUUGGCAGGGAGAUAUCUGCUGGGGAAGAGACAGGCGCUUUGGAGAGUGUGAAGGCAGCCAGCGAAAUAUACACACCGGUUUCUGGCACAGUAACGGAAAAGAACGACGCAGUCGAGUCUACGCCUGCGCUAAUCAACAAAUCGUGCUAUGAAGAGGGCUGGUUGUUCCGCGUCAAGUUGUCCAAGCCGGAAGAACUGAAGCUGUUAAUGGAUAAGGCAACCUAUGACAAAUACUUGGAAGAAUCGCAUUGACGGCAGGAGAUAUUUCAUAUAAGUUUCAGUCCACGUUUAUUCUCUUAAAUAGAUAUUUGGAGCAAACUCGUAAUUUAGUAAAUCAAUCUACAAUAAUUUUACGAACUGCAUUAAUAUCACGAGAUUACAUUCAAUUAAAAUUUUAAUAUCUGUGACUCUAAACAAAAUAAUCCUAAGAAAUUAUAACCCUAUUAAUUAUGACGGUGUCAAAUAUUUAAUUAUUCUAUUUUGGUCGUUGAACUUUUUCGUCCUUUUUAGAGAUUUUAUAACAUACUAAAAGGAAUUGCGUUUUAAAGCAGUUCUUAAUUUUUAUUAACAAGUCAGUUAAAUUAUUCAACCGUUUAACAUAUUUAAAGCUUUUAGUGUUAGGUAUUGGUGAUUUGGUGGCUUCCUCGAAGCACAGUACAAGUAUAAUCGGUUGUAUGCAAACUUCGAUCGUGGCGGUAACUGUAGCUCCGUAAAACUCCGUGAAGCGCAAUGCAGUACCCGUAUUUUGGUUUUCGGUAGCACAAUAAAUUUUCGAGUACUCCAAGCAUCUAUUGGCCUGGAUUCUGAGAGAAAGCAUGUAGCACUAAGAUGAUUAAUCUAGAAUCUAUUGAUGAGCAAGAUUGUAGGUUAUCUUUAGUAUAUAUACUUAUAGUAUCUUCAGUAAAAUUGGUAAUAGCAAAAUUUUAUAAUUUGAUCUUGUUUCCUUCAUGUUAAAGUUGCAGUGCUAACAAAUUACUCAAUAUUUCUCAUUAGACAAUGGACGGAGAAUUUUGUUACUAGAAUAUAGUGUAUUAAUUAAUAUUUAGUUGUUCUUAAUAUAUCAAUUGUUAUCAGCGCUAAUGUCAUAAAUCACUGCAUAGUUGUAAUAUAAUGUAUUUGAUGUAUACGUGAUAUCGUAAUUGUUCUAAAUUCAAACAUUUAAAACAGGGUAAUUAUUGAUAAUGUAUAUUAUAAUGUACUAUAAAUAUAUAUAACGAUUUUAUAUUUAAUAUUAAUGUUGUCCCAAUAAAAAAAAUAUUUUCAAACGAAUAUAUUAUUUUAUUAAUACCCAAUCUCAACUGAACACCAAAAUUAGAAUUCUGUGUAAAUUUAAUGACAACACACUUGUAUAGUCUCAAUCUGAUAAAUUUAGGUUAUUGUAUGUACACGUUUAAGAAAUCUAACUUAUUAUUGUGUUUCUUUUGCCUAGGUUUGUAGUGAAAAACAGCACUAAAGUGCGACAAAUCUGCAGCAAUUUAUUGCUAUUCAAUGCUGCAACUUAGACACGGGCAUAUAAUAUGUUUAUGCGUACACGCAUUUUCUUUUUUUUUCUCUAUUCAU